CCCAGCGAUGGGAAAGCGUGUGGAAAUGGGACAGGAAAAAUUGGGGAGAUGUGGAUUCCAUUACGGUCUCUCAUUGGUUAUAAUCCUGAUUCUAUCUGCGUCUGCGCAGACUGUGACGUCAUCGACAAACCUGAAGGACAAAACUUUGGGGGAUGCUGCGUUGCCAUCGCAUUCAGCAGCCAAAAUCCUUGAAGACAUCCAAACCAUCAGCGCAGUUCAGGAUUGGAGUUUGCUGUGUAAAGAGCUCUGCGGAGCUGGCCUGGGCGUUGCGUCAACGCCUGAUGGGGCCAAGAACCCGAUCCUGAGACCAGAGUUGGAUGUGGCCAAGUGCCGGCAACUGUGUGGACUGCCUAGGGGUGCCGAGGGCGACUUGAUCUGCUCGAGCUUCUGCGGGCAGAAAGGUCGCUCCCUGCCCGGUUGCAGUCCCUGCCAGCAGGAGGUGCGCAGGAUGGAGGAGCAAAAGGAGGAGGAGGAUCUCCGGAUGGAGGAGACGAAGGCCAGUAUCGAGCAGGGCGAUCCAACACACGGUUCCAGCUCCCAGGAGAUGACACUCCAGAGAUCGGGCGACGAGGCAACAUCAUCAGUGGCUCCCGUGGUAGCCGGGUCGGCUGCGGAUACGACGACCACUCUGGCUCCGGACUGGGACGAAGUGUGCAAGGUGCUCUGCAAGACUGGCGAUGGCGGGUCUUUGUGCAACUGUGAUUUAUCGCCGUUCUUCAGCUGAGCGAUCCCCACCUUCCUGAGGGGAUCGCUCCCGAUGGAGGUGCUAAAUCACAAACCCAUUAUAUAUAGAUCGAGAAUUAUAUGAUGUUUUGUUGUUCUUCGUUUUUGGACUUCAGUUAGUGCUAGUGUUGUUUUCAUAAAUGAUAUAUUCUGUAUCGGAAAACUUGUUACGAAAGUUUAGUUCAAUAUUGUAAAGAAAAAAAAAAGAAAACAUAUAGAAAAAUCAAAAAAAAAGGAGGAGAAGGAGGAGGAGAAGAGAAGCAUAAAAUCCCUAUGCGAAUCAAUUAAUUUGUAACUAAUUUCAAUUAAACGUAACUAAGUAACGUAAGCGGCUAGGGCCUAAAACCCCCUUCGGAAACAGCAGAAUCACACAGGGCUUCCAGUGCGCCGCCUCGGAGGAUUAGGAUCUUUCCCAAAGCGGAUCCGAAUUUUCCGGGCGGGCACAACCCGUAUUUAAGUGAUUAGUCAAGAAGCUGGAGCUAAGGAGACACAAGAAUAGAAAUCAACAACAACCAACUAAUAUCAAAGUACACAACAUAUCGUGAUAUACCCAAAAGUAUAUCCAAUCACAUUUAUUUCAUUAUAAUAACACCUUGGUUCGAUGGAAUCAGCAUAUCAAUUUACCACGAGGCAAAAACAAGUUGGUAUCCAAAGAAUUUCAUAUGUUUUGGCUUACAAGUUAUUGGCAAAUCAAAAUCGUUGAUAUAUUUAAAUCAGCAUCAAUUAUGAGCGUCGCAAUUAGGUCAAAAAACAUACCAAGAGUUUAGUGUUGGUUACGGCCCUAAAACAUAAAAAUAUAACAAUAUACAUGUACUUACUAAUGAAAAACAAUUGUAAUUGGUCUAUAUAUAUCCACACAAUGAGUUGCGAUUGCAAAUCAGAAACUCAGACGGGACAUACUGGAUCUACCAGACCCGUAUAAAUAUAUAUAUAUAUAUAAAUUUAUAUAAACAAAAUGUAAACCUUAGUUAUUCUAAUAUCUAGGUGUCAUAUUGUUCAGCAUAAAUAAUCGCAUAUAAAAUACCUUAUAUGCAUAUUAUCUGUGUGUUCGGAAGACAUUUUUUCGCAUUGCAUUGAAAUGGAAGACAAUAUCAGCAAAUCGCAUUCUGGAAGACAUGCGUUGCGGCAGCGACAACAAGAUCGGUCAGCUGCCAUUUAGUCAAUAAGAUAUUCUAUAUCAAGUAUAAUAAUAAUAACAUUUUCGAUUUAAACCUCGAAGAUAUAGUCAAUACAAGCACACGUUGUUGUGACAAACGCGACGCUGUGACUGACAAUAAUUAACUAUAACUUAUGAGGAGAACAGCAGGCAAGGAAGUUCGCAUACUCAGUGUCUAUAUACCAGUACUAUUGCUAAUAUAUUAACCAUGCACUUAUCAAAAAAAAAGUAAAUAACAAUAUAUUGUAUUGCACCAAAGUUAUUACCGAGAAUAUCGCAGUAUUUAAGGCAAUUUUCAGAGCACAUUCAUUGAUAACCUAAUGCGGCUUCAGUAUGUAUAUCGAUGUGUAGCAAGUUAAUCACUCAGUAAAAUAUAAUAUACGAAAUGCACUUAACAUUUAUGUAUAUGUAUAUGUGUUAGGCGUUGCGUUUCUGCCAUGAAUACCAGCGGCUAACGAGCCGAUCAGACGGAUUAUGCCGGAAUAAUACCUAUAAUCCAUAAUAUAUUUAUAACCAACAGACACAUCAUCAUCAAUUACGAAAAACCGAGUCGAAAACCGUUUCGAACCGAUUAUACCGUUUCGCAGUUUCGUUUUUUCAGUUUAUCCUAUGGCCAGGCAUUAUCCUAAACAGUAAUGUCCAGUUCAUAGUCAAAAUAAACACAGAAAAAUAAAAAUUAAAGGCGAUUACACAACAAAUAACCAAAGCAAACAAAUACACAACCAAAUAAAGGCAAAUAUUAUCUUAUAUACGUUAAAUGUUGUAAAGCCCUCUAAAUAAAAAAAGGAAGAAA